UCAUUUAAAAAUAUUCAAAUUUUGUAAUUCUUUUGUUUACUCUAUUUUAUAAUAUGCAACCAAAUUUGUCACAGUAAAAAAUGCUGCUACCGUUAAACGAUUUUGUUCAAAAACUUCACUCAAACUCAAAUAUUUAUCUGCUAAAACGAAAGAUUGCAGAGAAUGGAACAAAAACACAAACCCAGCUCUUUCAAGUCUUCCGAUUCCGGAUUGAAGAUACAAGAAGUGCCAACGUCAAGGCUCAGUAGAGAUAUACCUAAAGCGCCUACCGAUGACGCAAAGGAAGCCCCUAUAAAAAAAGGCACCGUAGUCCAAUCAAAUCAUAAAUCAAAAGGUAUUCGUGGCUUUUUUAAAUUUGGAUCGAACAACAAAUCAAAAGGACAGUCAAAUAAAAAACAAAUUGAUCAGCCCAGUACUCCUCUAAGUGACGACGAUACACGCCGAAUGAUUGGUCUAUAUUCGAAAUACGAAAAUCUCUAUAAUCGCCACAACUCACAAUAUGGCAACAAGCAAAUCGAGAAUAUAUAUUAUUCGGACAUAGCGCGUUCGUUUAAAAACCAAACUGGGCCACAGAUUGAAGCUAUGAUUACGGAGCUGCGCACAAAAUUUGAACGUGAAUACGCCUUGAUUGAGGAUGCGCGUCUCAACUACGGUGACAUUUUGAUGCCCACAAUUAAAUACUACAAUGAGUUUCUAUUUCUAGUGCCUUUCAUCAGUACGAGCAGGGAGGAAGCUGAGGACGAAGGCAAGGAUGUAUCCUCCGUUGCCACGCCAAGUAGCCAAGUACUCUCGACCUCAGAGCUGGCGCCGUACAGCAUCGCUAGUCUGCGAAAUAAGUGCGCUUCAACUGUGCAAGGAUCACAAUUUUUGGGAAUGAAAACCAAAAAUAUAGAAAAUAUGUUAUUGCCAAAUAGCGUACAAAAAUCAAUGAAACCUAAAAGAAAGACAUGCAAUUGGAGAGGCAAACAGAACGCAGACGAAGACAGAUCGAAGAAAUAUUCCGAAUCACAAAAGAAAAGCGAUGCAGAAGCCGAAGAGGUUGAAAAAUCGAAAGCACUGAUGCUAGAUAAAUCCAAAAACGAAACGGAAUCGGUGAGGAUAGAGAAAUCAAGAAGUGAUACGGUAUUAAAUAAAAAAUACAGCAAAUCUGAGCAUUCAAGCGCGGUAUUUCAGAAUCCGGCUCCAGCUGAGAAGCAACUAGCAACUGUUCAAAUACAAACAUCCGAAUCGGAACUACAAAGAGCUGGCAAUGGUGGCCAGUUACAUAGCAAUCUCUGCAACAGAAAUCAGCAACCGAAAUGCAUUGCCAUCCUCAACAGGCCAGGUUUCAUUAAUGGACUUCCCCGACCACGCAGCAGUCAGGAUCAGCGCAGUGGAUCAUCCAAGAAUAAUGGCCAUCAGCUGGAAAUGCUAUGCGAAUUGAUUAGAACUGAGCUCAGCACAGCUCCAGAUUGCAUUUACUUCGAUGCUAAGUGGCGUAUCAUUGAAAUUUUACGUGAGGUAAACAAACGGCAAAUGAUCUACAAAAGGGGCGAGCCAUCGCAAAAUCAAUGCCGUAAGACUGACAUCGAAGCCUAUUACAACAUUUGUAAUACCAGUAAAAACAGUUCACAUCAUUCCCAACACUUGCGAAACUCGAGCAACAGUUGUCCAUACUGUGCAAAGGGAGUCAACCGCUGCGAGAUGGAAGCAUUUUUAAGCAGCUCAAAGUUGUUCAAGCAUUGGCCGAGCAUUCUUCUAGGUUUUCUCAUCGCAAUGGCCAUUAAAUACAUAAAUGUUUACCGAAGGCGACAGGCGGAAAAGUUGGCGGGGGAAGAGCAUAUUGCAGUCGAAUUCGCGAUGACAGAUGCUGAUAUCAAGCCUGCUUUGGAAGAGAAACCACAUGUGCCGUAUGCUCCUGGGCAGAAUCUCAAUCCGAAUGGUGCCAGACGUUUCUACGAGCUGAUGAAUGAUCGUCGCAGUGUGCGUGCAUUUAAAGCCAAUUGUAAACCGUCUAUAGACAUAUUGGAAUAUUGCAUUCGCUCUGCUGGAACGUCACCAAGUGGAGCACACACCGAGCCCUGGACAUUCUGCGUGAUUGAAGAUAUGAAAGUGAAGCAAGCUGUGCGGGAGAUUGUAGAGCGCGAAGAGCAUAUUAACUACAGCACACGAAUGCACGCACAGUGGGUGACGGAUUUACGGCCUUUGCAGACAAACGCAAUUAAGCCAUAUUUGACGGAUGCGCCCUAUCUGAUUUUAAUAUUUAAGCAAACGUACGGCACAACGGUCGAUGGUCGUAAGAAGUUGCAUUACUACAAUGAGAUAUCAACGUCCAUUGCAGCCGGAAUACUAUUAUGUGCUCUCCAGGCAGCUGGGCUCUGUUCGCUGGUCACCACGCCCCUUAAUUGUGGUCCGGCCCUGAGGCGCUUACUCGAUCGUCCCAAUAAUGAAAAAUUAUUAAUUCUGCUUGCUGUCGGUUAUGCGGCGGACGACUGCAGUGUGCCAGAUUUAAAACGGAAAAGAUUACAGGACAUCAUGGUUAAAUAUUAAUAACAUUAUACCUUUAAAAAUUACAGUAAACAAA